GAUUCUGUUGAACGAGGACGCCUGCUGUUGCGAGGGUUUUUGUUGUUAAACCCAGCCAAGUCACCCCCACCGAGGCGACGAUUCGACGCCGGUCGGGGCGCCCAAGCAAUCUCCGCAGCUUCUCUUCCAGUUUCUUUGCUCUCCGGAAUUGACAUUCGCGAGGAUUUUUACAAUGGGAACAUCUUCUAAGCGAGCGAGAAAGGUUCGAAGCGUUUCGGAGGACGGCAGUGAUCUAGAGGAUGGGAAGCCAUUGGUUGAGGAGAUGAAUUCCGACCUUGAUGUCGAAGAAGGUGAUAGUGGAAUGGAUGAUGGCAGCGAUGAGGAGGAGGAGGAGGAUGAAGAAGAAGUAAGUGAUGAGGACGAAGACGCCAGUUCGGGUGACGAGGAGGGGCAGAUUCAUGGUAGAGCAGAUGACGAGAUGAAAGAACUGGAGAAGGAGUAUAUGGAUCUUCAGAACCAGGAGCAAGACAUACUGAAGAAUCUCAAGCGACAUAAGGAUGAAGAUCUUCUAAAAGGUGAAGCAGUACAGAAUCAGAAGGCUUUGUGGGACAAAACUCUUGAAUUGAGAUUUUUACUUCAGAAAGCAUUCUCAAGUUCAAACCGGUUACCCCAGGAAUCUGUAAGGUCUACAUUUUGCGGGUUAGAUGAAAAUGUCAAUAAAGCCUAUGUAGAUGUGAUAGCAUCCACCAAGGAGACGUUGGGUUCCAUUUUGGAGCUGCAGGAGGCUUUGCUCGACAAUAAUCCAGCCAUUGCUCAUUCAGCAGAAGGUAAUUCUGCUCAAUCAAAAAGGCAAUUGGAGGAUUAUAAGAGCAACAAUGGGCAUACUGAUGACGAAUGGUUGCAAAUUUCACAGAUGCAUAGAAGAAUGGCUCAUUUUAGAGACAAGUCAGUAGACAAAUGGCAUAGAAAAACACAGGUGACAACUGGUGCUGCAGCUAUGAAAAACAAAUUACAUGCUUUUAAUCAGAAUAUCAGUGAACAAGUGUCUACUUACAUGAGGGAUCCCAGCCGAAUGGUUAAGCAGAUGCAACAGAGAAGGUCAACUGUUGGCAUUUUUGGGUCGGUACCUGAGCAUGUGGAUAACACCAACAAAGAGGAGGCAAAUGCAGAGGGUGACACAGAACUUUUGGAUGACACAGAGUUUUAUCAGCAGUUGCUGAAGGAAUUUUUUGAGACAGUUGACCCAACAUCAUCAGAGGCUGCUUUUUAUGCUUUAAGGAGACUACAAACUAAGAAGAGAAAGGUAGUCGAUCGGCGUGCUUCCAAGAGUCGGAAGAUAAGGUACCAUGUACACGAAAAGAUAGUCAACUUCAUGGCUCCUCAGGCCAUGAACAUGCCUCCCAUGGCGCCCAAAUUGUUUGAGAAUUUGUUUGGAUUGAAGACGCAAAAACCUGGUUCCGUGGCCUAGUGCUCCCAUCAACCUAGGUUGGUUCAGCCUUGUUGGGGAUUUCGAGAUUUUGAAGCAUGAAGCUGAGGCAUUAGGAGCUGGCAGCUGAAGAGCAAUUCAGCUCCUGAUGAUACUACAGAGCCAAAAACCGGAGGGCACGGGUCAACCAUUCAAUAUCAAUGGGAGAUGACGAUUUUAGAAAGUUCAAAGUUUGUUAUCCUGCACACUGCAUAGUCAUGACUCCCAUCGUGGGGUUGUGCAAACGGGACGUUCCGUGCCUGUUGUUUGUCUGCGCACGGGCAUAGUCACCCUGAUUCAUCUUUAAGUUGGUUACAGAAUAGCCUUGAGCAAGAUCAUCUCUGCUGUUUUCUCCUCAUCUAACUUGGGAUAAGAACACGAUAGGACUAUUGUAAGUUUCCUUGGAGACAGACAAAUCAUUUAGUGCAUGGGAUCUGCAAUUUGAGGAGGAAAGAAAACUAUAACACAAAGAUUGUUUGCCCCAUUUGUAUUGCUAUC